AGUAUCCGCAAUUUCAUAUUCAUUACAUAUUAACUUUCACCCUCUAUAUUGCACCUAAAUAAUUUAUGAGAGGCUAAUAUGAGUUUUUUUAUUGAUGAAAUAAAUCUUUUUUCAAGUAUAGACCUUUUUAAAGUCAAACCAGACUAUCAAGCAAGAGAUGAUAUUGAAACUAAAAUAAGCGCAAUUCUUCCAUCUAAACAUACAAUUAAUGUUGAAGGAAGUGAUAUUAAAGUAGAGUUAUUUCAUUCAGAUAUCACUGAUGCACAACUAGAAGAAAUUGAAAAAGUUAUAAAUGACACUUUUAAACUAUGUCAGAAAUAUAAAAUUGUUCCAAACAAUACAGAUUUUAACUUCCGUAUGUUUCUGUUUGAAGAUAGUAGUCAAUACAAUAAUGUACGUAAAGUAUAUUUAGGAAGGGAGGAAGAUACAUCGGACGAGAUGGGACUUACUAUUAGUAAACUAAGUGAACCAUUUGCACUUCCUGAUGUGUUAAUGAAGUUUCUUCCCUCGUCUGAAAUUAACUAUCUUACUCUCUCUCAUGAGUUUGUACACUGUAUGCAAGAGAUGACAAAGCAUAAAGAUUUACCUCCGUUAAAAUUGCUGGAAGAGGGUACUGCAAUGGGAAUUUCAUGUGAGCUCUUAGAUGAAAAUGUAUGCAAUACUCCAUGUCAAAAAGGAAUAAUGGAUGGUAUUAAGACAGUCUUUGCUAAAGAUAUACGUUUUAUAAAUAAUUCCCCAUCUGAUCUCACGGAAAGUGACAAUUAUUCAGUUGGGUUAGUAAUGUUCAAUUUUCUUCAAGAUCAGCAUCCUGAAAUUAUCAGCAAAAUUUAUGAGAAUUACUUAACAGGAGGUACUGCUAAACUUACUAAUAUGUGGCAAAGGUUACACUGCAUUGAUUCAGAAUUUCGAUAUUGGUUGCUUGGCACUACUGCAAAGAAAAUACGUAGUCAAGAUAAAAUAAACUAUGAUCUAGAAAAAGAAAUACUUCGUGAUAUUGAAGAGCAUUCUUGUACACAAAAUCCUGAAUUUAAAAAUAUAGUGGAUAAACUUUCUAAAAUGUAUAGCGGAACUCAUGAAACAUUAGAGUGGGCAGAACAGAUCCUUGAAACUUAUUUCAUUUAAUAGAAAGACUUCUAAACUUGAUGUUACCUUGAGUUAAACUUUAUAGAUUUACAAAAGGUUAAAGGAUAGAAAAAAUGAGCAAAGCUGACAAGCAUUUUUUAUGUUAGCUCUGCUCAUAGGAGUUUAUCAAAAAAAAGCUAAGAUAGGUCCAUUUUCACUAAUUUUUCCUAUGAAUUCAUCGUCCAUGAUUUUUAGCUUUUACGAUGAACACCUUGGACGUUAAGAUGCUUAG